AUGAUGGAUCUACGCUACUUUGCUAUAACAAACGAGAAACAUAUCGUUUGGCAUCGGUCGUUCUCAAAACGUAGCUUUGAAGACGUGGUACUUAAAUAUCUGUUAUGUAAUCCUCCAGAUCAAGAUAUAUACUAUAGCGAAGGGGAUUUCUCUCUUCACUGCCUGACCGUUUCAGGACUUUCCUUUAUCGCGGUAACCGAUCGAAAUGCUUCUCGACAAAAAUUUCGGAACUUGGUUGUAGAGGUUUCUCGCAAUUUUCUAAGCGAUGGUACAAGAUUUCAAAGGGCUAAAAGUGGUGGUAAAGAUUGCUUACAACAGUCUUAUAAUAUAACCUUGGAAGAUUUGAUGGAAUCACCCAACUCUUCUAAGGGAAAUGAUUCGUUGGACCAGUUACGUAAUAAUGUGAAUACUGUAACAGCUGUAAUGCAAGAGAAUACUAGACUAGCGCUUCAACGAGGUGAUCGGUUAAACAAUUUGGUCAGUAAAACAGAUGAACUUGCAGCCAGCGCUAAUCAAUUCCAAACAACUGCUACAAAAGUGGCCCGAAAAACUUGGUGGGAAAAUUUUCGUAUGAAAUUAAUUAUUGUUGGCGUUGUCGGUGGCAUACUUCUGAAAAAUCAUAUUUGUCGUGUAAUGAAUAUCAACAAAAUUGAAUUCUAA